AUGAAGUUCUUCAUUGAUGAUCUUCCGGUGCUGUUCCCGUACCCUCGCAUCUACCCCGAACAAUAUGCCUACAUGUGUGAUCUCAAAAAGACCCUCGAUGCCGGGGGUCACUGUGUGCUGGAGAUGCCUUCGGGGACAGGAAAGACAGUCUCGCUUCUAUCGUUGAUUGUCGCCUACCAGCAGCAUUAUCCGGAACACAGGAAACUCAUCUACUGCUCGCGAACCAUGUCCGAGAUCGAGAAAGCACUGGCAGAGUUGAGGGAGUUGAUGAAACACAGAACCCAGGAACUCGGAUAUGAGGAAGAAUUCCGCGCGCUUGGGUUGACUAGUCGAAAGAACCUGUGCCUGCAUCCUUCCGUGAAGCGAGAGAAGAGUGGCACUGUCGUCGACGCGAGGUGCAGGAGUCUGACAGCUGGUUUUGUCAAGGAAAAGAAGGAGCGCGGCGAGGAUGUGGAUCUCUGCGUCUAUCACGAUAACCUCGAUCUGCUCGAACCGCACAAUCUUCUUCCGCCAGGCGUGUUCACCCUCGAUGCUCUACUUAAGUAUGGAGAAGAACACAAGCAAUGCCCAUACUUCUCUGCUCGGCGAAUGAUGCCAUGGUGCAACAUCAUCAUCUACUCCUAUCACUACUUGCUUGACCCCAAAAUUGCCGAACGAGUUUCCAGAGAACUUUCGAAGGAUUGCAUUGUUGUUUUCGACGAGGCACACAAUAUCGACAACGUUUGUAUCGAGUCACUCAGCCUCGAUCUUAGCGAAGACUCCCUCCGCAAAGCCACCCGAGGUGCAAGCAAUUUGGAACGCAAGAUUGAAGAAAUGAAGAGCACGGAUGCCGAAAAACUGCAGAGUGAAUAUUCAAAGCUUGUCGAGGGGUUACAGCAGGCGGAACAGGCUCGGGAGGAGGACCAAUUCAUCUCGAACCCCGUAUUGCCGGACGACUUGCUGAAGGAGGCAAUACCGGGAAACAUUCGCCGUGCGGAACAUUUCAUCUCCUUCUUGAAGAGAUUCAUCGAAUAUCUGAAAACCCGGAUGAAAGUGACCCAUACUAUCUCAGAGACCCCCCCUUCCUUCCUCACACAUUUAAAAGAUCUCACCUACAUCGAGCGCAAGCCUUUAAGAUUCUGUGCUGAACGGUUGACCUCACUUGUGCGAACUCUGGAACUGGUAAAUAUCGAAGAUUAUCAACCACUCCAGGAAGUCGCAACAUUUGCAACCCUAGUUGCGACCUAUGACAAGGGGUUUGUUCUCAUUCUCGAACCGUUCGAGUCCGAAGCCGCCACCGUUCCGAACCCCAUCUUGCAUUUCACCUGUUUGGAUGCUGCUAUUGCGAUCAAGCCGGUCUUUGAUCGUUUUAGCUCCGUUAUCAUCACCUCAGGGACCCUGUCGCCAUUGGAAAUGUACCCCAAAAUGCUAGGGUUCACCGCCGUCAUGCAAGAAUCUUAUAGUAUGACACUGGCAAGGAGGUCUUUCCUACCCAUGAUCGUCACCCGUGGCUCCGAUCAAGCUCAAGUCUCAUCGUCCUUUGGUAUUCGCAAUGAUCCAGGUGUGGUGCGCAACUAUGGUACUCUGGUGACGGAGUUCGCUCGCGUUACCCCGGAUGGCGUUGUAGUAUUCUUCCCUUCCUAUCUUUAUAUGGAGUCCAUCAUCAGUAUGUGGCAGGGUAUGGGUAUUCUGGACCAGAUCUGGAACUAUAAGUUGAUUCUAGUGGAGACGCCUGAUGCACAAGAGUCUUCCCUCGCCCUGGAGACCUACCGAACAGCUUGUUGCAAUGGUCGUGGCGCAAUUUUGUUCUGUGUCGCACGAGGAAAGGUGUCUGAAGGUAUUGAUUUUGAUCAUCAUUACGGUCGCGCAGUGCUGUGCAUCGGCGUGCCAUUCCAAUACACCGAAUCUCGCAUUCUCAAAGCCCGUCUCGAAUUCUUGCGAGAGAAUUAUCGCAUCCGGGAGAACGACUUCUUGUCAUUCGACGCUAUGCGACACGCUGCUCAGUGCCUAGGUCGUGUACUGCGUGGAAAGGAUGACUACGGAGUCAUGGUGUUAGCAGACCGGCGAUUCGAGCGGAAACGGCCCCAGCUUCCGAAAUGGAUUAACCAAGCCAUGUUGGAUAGUGAGACCAAUCUCAGCACCGAUAUGGCCGUCUCUACUGCCAAGAGUUUCCUGCGCACCAUGGCUCAGCCUUUUAAAGCCAAAGACCAGGAAGGAAUUUCGACAUGGAGUUUGGCUGAUAUUGAACGACAUGAGGCGAAGCGCAAGACGGAAGAGGAGCGUCUCACGAGGGAGGAGCUCAACAAUGGGAAUCAUAAGAUGGAUGGCUUCCGAACCUCCGCGGUUGAGGUCGUUGACGAUGAGUUUGACGAUGACAUCGAUCAAGAUAUGAUGAUGCUUGAUGCGCAGUAG